AUGGCUCAAUCAAGAGACUCGCGACUGCAAGGUAAAGUGGCUAUUGUCACAGGAGGCGCAUCUGGAUUUGGAGAAGCCACGGCCAAAAGAUUCGCUGAAGCUGGAGCCAAAGUCGUUAUAUCCGACAUUAAUCGUGAUGGCGGAGUACGCGUUGCCGAGACCUCACCCUCAAUAAAAUUCUUUCCAGGCGAUGUCACGAAGCUGGAAGACUGGCGAAGUCUGCUUGAUUUCACGCUUAAGGAGUUUGGAAAGGUUUCGAUCCUUGUCAACAACGCCGGCACAACGUACCGGAACAAACCCACCCUGGAAGUCACCGAGCAGGAGUUUGACCGCGUUGUGAGCGUCAAUUUGAAAUCGAUCUUCCAGGCCACACGCGUUAUUGUGCCACAUAUGAUUGAGAAGGGUGAAGGAGGCUCAAUCAUCAACGUGGCGUCCAUCGGUGCACUGAGACCGCGUCCUGGGCUCGUCUGGUACAACGCCUCGAAGGGGGCGGUCUUCAAUGCCACGAAGGGCCUCGCCGCUGAAUUCGCCCCUCACGGAAUCCGAUUCAAUGGGAUCUGUCCUCUUUUGUCCGGUACUGGGCUUUUUUCCUCGUUCGUGGGCGUUGAAGAUACACCAGAAAACAGGACAAAGUUCAUAUCAAAUGUGCCGAUGGGAAGGCUCACGGAUGUGUUUGACGUGGCCAAUGCAGCAUUGUACUUUGCAAGUAACGAGUCCAGCUUUGUAACUGGGACUAAUCUGGAGGUGGACGGAGGACGCGCUAUUGGCUAG